AUGGAACCAAUCAAGAAAGCAGAAUGGGAGCUUCAAAAUGGAAUACGACGUUUAAACCUUCGUCAACUGCCAGGACCUCAACCAAUAUGGAAGUGGAAGAAAGAGACAGGCAAGCUAUCCCGUGGCAAAAGUAAUGGAAUUGAUUGGUAUCGAUAUCAGGUCAAAAUCCUUCUUCCAAAGCUCUUUCCCUUUGCCAAUGAGUGUGAAAAGGAACGUCCAAAUACCAUUGUCCAGGAGGAUCGAGCUCCUGCUCAUGAUCACUAUAUCCAACAUCAUAUAUAUGAGAUUCAUCACAUUCAACGGAUGCUCUGGUGUGCGAAUUCCCCAGAUCUCAAUACGAUUGAACCUGCUUGGACCUGGAUGAAACGAAAAACAACUGUCAAAGGAGCUCCACAGAACCGGGCAGCAGCUAUAGCAAUAUGGGAAAGAACAUGGAGGGAUCUACCACAGGAGCAGAUUCAGGCUUGGAUAGAGCGGAUUCCUGUUCAUAUUAAGAAGGUUAUAGAGAUCUUCAGUAUUAAUUUCAUGCUUAGUAGGGCGAGACAAAACUUUUUGCAGGAGCAUCUGUACAAGUUGAUGCGUUGUCCUGGGCCACCAAGCCACCUAGGGCAAUACUGCUGGCAGGAUCCCAAUGGGAAGAAGCACUAUAAGCUUGGACCACAUCACCUAAAAAAGCUUAUCAGGUAUGUGGAUAACGAAGGCAUCCUCGAGACCCACAGUGAUGUUCCCGAUGCGAUCCGCGAGCAGCUCCAUAAAGAGGAGCAGCAAAGACUGGAAAAAGGGCAGUCAAGGGGUAGCAAUACCCUUGCACCUAACAACCCCUAUCCUAUUAACAUCAAUCUCCUACCCACUCAGUCUCCUCAAACCUCCAUGUCAACAACACAAACACCAGCCAUAUCCGCAGACAUGAAUACUCCUUAUCGUGAAUGUCCCAAUAUCCUUGGCCCACGAGAUGAUGCUGUUAAGGAGUACAGCAAGUGGCAGGAACUAAAUGUCACUAGCGACACGUACAAGGCGGAGAUUCGAAAAGCAUGCAGUAUUGCACUGGAAAAUUGCCUUGAUCUUGAGCAGAUUUUCGAUGACCAAAACCCAAAUUUCUUUGUUGAGAAUGGUGUAAAAAUAGGCAUUGCUCGCCGUUUUGUCAACGACAUCGCUGCAUGGGCCGAACAGCAAGAGGAACUCUUGCAAAACUCGGCGAAUUUGAGUACUACUCUAGCUUGCUGCUCGUCGUUUAUUUAA